GGGUACGUUGAGCUAGGUGCAUGGUUUCCGGUCGCCGCGGUGCAUUGUGGUAGAGAAGUCGUUGAGAGUUUGUGCUUCGCGCCUGAGCCCCGCAAACGAGUCGCCAUGUCUCACACAAUUUUGCUUGUUCAACCUACCAAACGACCAGAAGGCAGGACUUAUGCGGAUUAUGAAUCUGUGAAUGAGUGUAUGGAAGGAGUCUGUAAAAUGUAUGAAGAACACCUGAAGAGAAUGAAUCCUAACAGCCCUUCAAUCACAUAUGAUAUUAGCCAGUUAUUUGAUUUCAUUGAUGAUUUGGCUGACCUCAGCUGUCUUGUUUAUCGUGCUGAUACUCAGACAUACCAGCCCUACAAUAAAGACUGGAUAAAGGAGAAGAUCUACGUCCUUCUCCGCAGACAAGCUCAGCAAGCAAGCAAAUAAUGAGACAGCAUGGUUAACAGGGCUUUAAGGGAGGGUUUAGACAACAGGUCUGUACAGCAUUCUGUAGUGAAAGUUUUGUAUUGUAGUCCUCCUGUUCAUUCUUGUUAGUCCGUAUAUGGGACUGAGUCUGUUAGAAUUUCAAGGGAUUUAUUCAGUUCAAAUUUUUUUAAAAAGGAAAGGAAAUGCCUUCUGUGAGUGUUUAGUUUAAUUUUUCUCUUUGCUUAGACAAUUUGUUUUUGUUCAACACCCCCAGGAUUGCUCACAUCUGCUUCACCAGUUAUUGUGUGUAUCCCUCUCUGGUUUCUCCUCCCCACAAUGUUAUUACUUGGAAGCAGUAAGUCAUAGCAGAGAAUACAAUAAAUGCUCUUUAGUUA